UAUAUCUUGCCUUUCAAGCACUCUUUUCCUCCCCUUCUCUCUUUUCUUCCUUCCCUUCUUUUCUCUUCAUUUCAUCAGCCUCGCAAAUUUGUUCUCCAUACUCGAGAGCAUGCCUGAAUGUCCAGAGAAAGGGAGAGAUUUGAGGAGAUAGGGAAGAAGAUCAAGAGAGAAGCAGAUGUUUCAUCUAAUUAUCAGAUGGGAAGAAGGCAUAUGUUGGGUCCUCCUGGAACCCUAAAUACCAUUGCACCAUGUGCUGCCUGCAAACUCCUGAGGCGUAGGUGUGCUCAAGAGUGCCCAUUUUCUCCAUAUUUCUCCCCCCAUGAACCCCAAAAGUUUGCUUCUGUUCACAAAGUGUUCGGUGCCAGCAACGUCUCCAAGAUGCUAAUGGAAGUUCCAGAAAGGCAACGUGCUGAUGCGGCUAAUAGUCUUGUUUACGAGGCGAAUGUGAGGCUGAGAGACCCGGUGUAUGGCUGCAUGGGCGCUAUUUCAGCUUUGCAGCAGCAACUUCAAUCUUUACAAGCUGAACUGAAUGCAGUAAGGGCUGAGAUAAUAAAAUACAAGUGUAGGGAAGCUAACCUUAUACCACCUUCUUCGCAUGCAGCCAUGCUCUCACCUGGGGCUGUUUCGGUCGCUGCACCACCGCCACCAUCCACCACUCAACCACCGCCUCCCCCACCACCUCCUCCUCUUCCUACAACUACCGACGUUUCUACUUGUUCCUUAUACACUCAACCCACCACCGCCGCAGACUAUAGCACCAUUUCAAAUGAUGAUGUUUCCUACUUUGGGUAAAAAAUAUAAUUACCUAGACUCACAACUAAAGAAUCCCCAUUUAUUUUUUCUCGAAUAAAAAGAGGAAGAAAAAUGAGUAUUCUUGUUUCAUUUGCCUUUUGUUUUGUUUAGUCACUCAAAAAUUACUCUCUAGCUUGCUUCACAAUUGAUACACUCCACAUAUGUCUUUUCACCUAUAAUUGUUAGUUGAUGUCUUUCUUCUA